GCACGGCCAACAUCCGGUCUGCGGGUGACAAUCCGAAAGAUGCGAAACGGAAUAGGCUGAGGUUUGAACGAAGCAAAGCGACUCCUGACGCGGCGGGAUGCCCGCAAUUCAUGUUUCGCUGUUGCGGGAGACAAACAAACGAUCAAAGCAAGAUCGGAAACAUCUCAAGGGCGGUCCCACCCCCUUCACCGGAUUGGACAGAAGGGAAAGACCGGAGGUCGCUGAUUGGGCGACGCGGCUGCUAGUCAGACAUAUUUGACCUGUGAGUGACAGAUUUAAAAAAAUUUUUUUUUUAUAAAGUCGGUGAUGGAGCCGGUGCAGAGCGGCCGGACGAUGCUGAACGGGGCGGUAGUGAACGUUUACCAUGGCGGCUGCGCCCUGCAAGAAGAAUCGGACGGUAAGCAGCAGCAGCACCGGGGGAAAAAGGCUGCCGGCCGCCCGAAGAAGCAGCAGUGUCACCAGCACCGACAUCCAUCGGAGAACGAGGCGGAAAGGCAACGGGCCGGAUGCUCGGAUGGUCGCCGGACGCCGGUCAGUAAAGAUCCGGCCCCGAGCACGAGCCGGCGGCCCCAGCAGCGCCGGGAGACGGCCAAGAAAAACAGGCCUCCUUUUCCCUGGUUUGGCAUGGAUAUUGGUGGAACUUUGGUGAAACUGGUUUAUUUUGAACCAAAGGACAUUACUGCUGAGGAAGAACAAGAAGAAGUGGAGAAUCUGAGAAGUAUACGCAAAUAUUUGAUGUCUAACGUGGCUUAUGGAUCCACAGGCAUCCGUGAUGUUCAUCUUGAGCUCAAAGAUUUGACUAUUUGUGGACGCAAAGGCAAUUUACACUUCAUAAGGUUUCCCACUCAGAACAUGCCGGCAUUUAUUCAGAUGGGCAAAGCCAAACAUUUUUCAAGCCUGCACACAACCCUGUGUGCUACUGGAGGUGGGGCGUACAAAUUUGAACCAGAUUUGCGCACGAUUGUUAAUCUGCAACUUCGAAAACUGGAUGAACUUGAUUGUCUUAUCCAUGGGACAAUGUAUAUCGAUUCGAUAGGUUUCAAUGGGUGUGCUGAGUGUUAUUACUUCGAGCAUCCAACAGAUCCUGAAAGGUGUCAGAAGAAGACAUGUGCUUUAGAUAAUCCGUAUCCACUGCUGCUGGUGAAUAUUGGAUCAGGUGUCAGUAUUCUUGCUGUGUACUCCAAGGAUAACUAUAAACGGGUAACUGGCACCAGUCUUGGAGGUGGCACCUUUCUUGGCCUGUGUUGCCUGCUGACCAGUUGCUCAACCUUUGAAGAAGCCCUCGAGAUGGCAUCACGUGGGGAGAGUACCAAAGUGGAUAAGUUAGUGAGAGAUAUCUACGGUGGAGACUAUGAUAGAUUUGGACUUCCAGGCUGGGCUGUGGCUUCCAGCUUUGGGAAUAUGAUGAGCAAAGAGAAGCGCGAAGCGGUGAACAAAGAAGAUUUGGCCAGAGCUACUUUGGUCACCAUCACAAACAACAUUGGCUCUAUAGCCCGGAUGUGUGCACUGAAUGAGAACAUUAACAGGGUGGUGUUUGUUGGAAACUUCCUAAGGAUCAACACUUUGGCCAUGAAAUUACUGGCCUAUGCAUUGGACUACUGGUCAAAGGGACAACUAAAGGGGCUGUUCAUGGAGCAUGAAGGUUAUUUUGGAGCAGUGGGUGCCUUGUUGGAGCUUGUCAACUCUGUUUGAACAUUCGAAAGAGAAACUUUCUCGUGCCUUACAUUCAUUUAGUUGUGUGAUUCAUACCACGUGGCUCCAGAUUGAAGAGAAAUGACAAAAAAAAUUAAGUUCAAGUUGUAAUGUAAUUUGAUCCAUCUGGAAUGUAUUGUUUUAAGGGAGGAAUAGGUGGUAAGGGCUGUUGAUAUCUAUUUUAAAUGAAAUAGUCUGUAAACGAUUGCACUUCUCUGCCUUUAUUUAAUCCCCAAAGCUUUUCUAACUCGACUUUGUGAUAUCUUAAUGUUUGUUUUUGAUGUUUUUGUGUUUAAAAAUUAUAUUACUGAACUUAACAAAACUUUUUAAAACACUCUCUGUAACAAGCACAUGUGUCUGCCUGAAAGCCAGUCCUGGUAUAAUUAAAAUAAUUUAAAAAUUCAAAUAAGUUUUGUGGAGAGGGAGCAAAGUCAUUUUAGCCCAUAAUCCAGUAACUGAUAAUUUUGAAUUUUACAGUAUUUCUUCUAAAUUUGAAAUUUUACUUGUCUGUUUAGGUAAUGAAAAAUGGAGACUGGAAGUCUAUUUAUAGAUGUAGGAAAUAUAAUUCCAUAUCACACAUCUGUUCAUUUAAUAGUUCCAGUUUUCUUGCCUCUGACCAAAGCCCCCCUGCUAACACUUUGUCCUCCUUUUUCCAUCAGACACAGCAGGUUCUAAAAUCCUGGCAUUUCCGGUAUCAGUAUGUAGGACCCACUUCUUUUGAGGUCUGAACCUCACUUAGUAGAGAAACAAGGCUUCAAGUUGAACUGCACUGUGCUGCCAUGCUACUCUGCUUCAUUUCUCCUCUUUUUCUAUGAAAAAGAAUUAAUCAGUAACUUGGAGUUACUGUUGUUUAGACAUACAAUAUGGGCACAAGUUUUUUAGCUUUCUUGUGACCUUUUGUAUAUAGAGAGUAUGGAAUAAAUUACAAGUUUUCCUUUGUAUAAAUGGUAGAGGCAAUCUCAAAUUAGCAUGUAAAGGCUAUGACAGUAACAGAUUUUAAGAAACACUAAACUGUAAGCUGUGUUCAUGGUUUAUGACAAUGUGAACUGUUACUGUACUGUAGUUACUUGCAGAUGCGUCUAUUCAAAUUCAGUUAUUCUGAAAAAACAUAAUUUAACAAGUCAGAUAUUUAAAGCAUGUAUUGAAAUGAUGCUGUGUAUUGCACAGCAUCUUUAUUUAUUUAUACUGCGCAUAUAAAAAUAAAUAUA